ACGCCGUUUUGCACGGGACCCUGCAAAAGCACAAUAUGCCCGCAAGAUUAACUGACCACACCUCCUAAGCGGCUGAGAAAAUGGAAGCUCUAUCACGCUUCCCUCUCUCUUUCCCUUGUCUGUUGCCUCCCCAUCAGUCUCCUUCACAAACCCAUUUCUCCAAUUCCAUUUUCUCCCCCAAAAUCUCUUCAACCACUCGCAAACCACCCAUUUCCCGCAGAGAAACCGUUGCUAUCGCGGCCAAUCCUAACGACCCUAAAGAGUCUGUGUUCAUGGAUGAAAACGGCGCCGUUGAUGACAUGGAUGGAUAUCUCAACUACCUCUCUCUCGAGUAUGACUCUGUUUGGGACACCAAGCCCUCAUGGUGUCAACCUUGGACAAUAAUGCUGACUGGAGUAUCAGUGAUUGCCUGUAGCUGGCUGAUUUUGCACUCAGCAGUGAUCACAUCAUUGGUGCUCUCUGUCAUUUCUCUAUGGUGGUACAUUUUCCUGUAUUCAUAUCCAAAGGCAUAUUCAGAUAUGAUAGCAGAGAGACGAAAGAAGGUGACAAGAGGGGUUGAAGACACAUUCGGUUUGAAGAAGAGCCAGUAACAUGAACAUCGGGACUCUCUAUCUCUCUCUCUCUCUCUCAUAUGUAACUCUGUAAGUGAAGGAACGUUCAGAAUGGCUAGUGAUGAUCACAAUUAAGGAAAGAUCAAGAUGGGGAGAGUUUGAGAUGCAGAGGCGAUUUUCAACAGCGUAUCACGUGUUGAUGGUCAUGAAUUUCACUGAUUUGAAGAGACCGAGACCAAGACCUAUUGUGGGUAUGGUCAUGCCUUCGUGUUUGAAAAUAACCAAGUGUCAUUAUUAAUUUUUAUGAGCACUGGCUGCAUUACAUACUUCACAUCAACCUAUUUACUGCAUCGAUGCAAAUUAUGGUUUCCUCGAAA